AUGUCACCACCAGUCUUCCCACCUGACGAGCUACGACAAAUCGUCCAAGAAGUAGCUACUCUACUCAAAGAGCGCAAAGAAACAAUCUCAGUAGCCGAAACAGCAGCAGGCGGUCUGAUCUCCGCAGCACUCCUUUCCUUUCCCGGUGCAUCGACCUAUUACCGUGGAGGCCUUACUCUCUACACGCUCGAAUCUCGUAUCGCCUACUGCGGUUGGACUCAAGAAUCUAUCAAAUCCUACAGCGGCCCAACCCCCACCAUCGUCUCUGGCCUCGCAGAGCACACGCGUAAGACACUGGGUAGCACAUAUACUGUUAGCGAGAGCGGGACGGCUGGACCGACGGGGGGUACGAGUAGGAAUCGCACGCCAGGCUAUGUGGCGCUUGCUGUGGCACGAGAGGGAGGCGAAACGGUGACGAAGGAAGUGGAGACGGGGAGUAGUGAGCGCGAAGGCAACAUGGUGGCUUUUGCCGUUGAAGGGUUGAAGUUGGUACGUGAUGUUCUCCAGGGGGGUAGUGAAGGUAAGUUGUGA